AUGACAAACAACGAGGUCAGAUUGGCGAGAAGCGAUGGAACGUCCUUUGCUUCACAUCGAAGGAAGAGGCCGGUUAGUUUGAUUACUUCGGUUGCGAUGGGAGUUACUCAUCUCUUCUUCCUGGUCUUACUCCACCAGGUCCAUGGAUAUCAGCUUACCUCCACCAACGACAACUACUUGUCGCUGGUGGCCGGGUUCACGGCACGGAUGCAAUGUUCCGUCUACAGAUGCAACGAGCCCCGACCGGUCGUAAGUUACUCUUUUUUGUUAUGGUUUAACGUGAUAAGCGUUGAAUCGAGAAGUAAAUUUGAUGUUGUAAUAGACUUAAAUUAAAGUCGUUGUUGUGUUAUGACAAAACGUCAUAAUUUUAGUUUAGUGGAGAAAUUGUAUAGUUAAAGGUGAAUAGUUUACAUGGUUAACUACCAACAAUCAGUAAAAUCGUCCAAAAAUUAACUUUUUCACUUGCAAAAACUUGUUUUACAACGUUGAUUGUUGCGCUAAUUAGAGAAUUCAACCGUUUACUAUACUUUCUUUUGAAUUAGGUAACAAAACUGACAUGUAAAUAGAAUAGAAAGGUCAAAGAACAUAUGGUUUACAGAUAUCAUGGUACAAAGACGACUUACUUCUGUUUAAUGGGACCGAAUUCAUCCCAACUUCUGGAUUCGAGCCAGAGAACAUCGUGCUACAAGAAUCUAUCGUGAACGACCGAGCUAAUUCAGGUAAAUUGAGGUUUCUAGUCUUCAAGUUGAUCAUAACUCCCUUCAUUUCCAUCAACUUUUCCAACAAAAAAUAUAAAAAUUAUUUUGUUUUGCGUAUAAAAAGGCUUACGCAGGUUGCGCCCUCCCUUUGGAGAAAAAUACAAAGAUUUGUUUUCAAAAUUGCUACAGAUUUAGCUUGUGUGGCCGAUGAAUACACCCUGCUUCUCAAAAACCUGACGUUACAGGAUUCUGGGAAGUACAGAUGUGAGUUGAACGAUUAUCCUCAACAGUUGGACUUCCAUCUCAAUGUUUUAGGUAUGUUUCUUCACUUUUUACUGUUUUUCGCUCAAAAAUGUAUAAUAUUGGAGUUCUUAUUGUCGCCUUUAUUCUUUGUUUUUUUUCAAUUUUUGUUGAAAAUUUCGUUUUUUUACCGUCCUCUGUAUGUUAUGUUAUAGUAGAUGUGUUCUUAGUAAAUAGCUUGUUUCAGAAAGCGGCCUGAAGUUCGGCUUCAACCAGAACAUGACCUUUGACUACUCUGAGUGUUGCUUGGAAAAGGGUAUGUCGCCAUUGUGUCGGCCGAUGUGUAAACCUCGUGAUCUGCAUCUCGAGUUCUUCGAUCCCACGAGGUAAAAGAUAUUAUUUUGAGUCAAAUGGUAAAAUAUGUAAUAUUAAAAUAUUACUGGACAUCAAAUUUUGGUAAUUGUAAAACAAAUGAUUUUCUGAUGUUUUAUUGUCGUAUUUUGCUUUACAACUUUUAGCCAUUAAGUUGAGGUAAAGGAAUGACACAUUUCUGAGGUCAAUUAUAAACUGUCGCAACUUCCUCUUUUACCUAAUUUAACCUUGAAGUUUGCGUUUUUUGGUCAAGUUGAACCCUAAAUGUCGUUUUCCUAUGUUAAAUAUAUUAUAGUUAUGAUAUAAGAAAUAUAAAUUUGUAUAUCUAUUCAAUAUUAUAGUAGACAUUACUGCUUUUAAUUCCUAUUAUAGUAUUAUCUUAUUUUAGUUGCCAAACAGCCGAUUACAAAAACUUUUUGGCAUGUGCUACGGAGUCUGGUACGAAGGACUACACUCCGUGUUGUCGCCAGAAGAACAUUCCUAGCUUCUGCUUUGACUUCUGUACCUCUGACUUCCAGAUGUUGAAGCGUUCACAUCGCUUGUGUCUAUAUUACCUAACAGAGAUCUUCCAGUGCUUCAGUCAGCCACACUGUAAGUUUGGGUAAUGUAGACUUACUGUAGUACAAAGUGUUAUUUUUUUCAUUUUUAAGUUGGUUUUGUAAAAUAGACAUGAGAAACGGGCCGGGCCCAAUUUUCAGGCCCGGCCCGUUUCUCAUGUCUAUUGUAAAAUACUGGACUGGGUGAUGUUUUUGGAUAAAUUGUCUAAAGUAAAGUAAGGUAAUCACAUAUAAUGUAGAAUAAUACAAGCGCCGUUUAUUAUGUGAGUAAUUUUUAGCUUUGAACCCAGAAAUACCGACUGGAUUACGGUCGAUAAAGAUUGUCAACCGACUGAAGUUGUGCUGGAAGGCUGUCGUUUUACUAGACGAACCUACAGGAUAUACCGUACAUCUGAAGGAAAUGACUCCAGAAUCCGCUUCAUCGACAAAGUAGGUUUAAAGUUCGGUUACUGUAACUUUUUUCGAUCUUUUGUAGAAUCAAAAAUACAUCAAAUAAGAAAAAAGCAACAAUUCAACAUUAAGAAUUACUGUAAUACUGAAAAGUAAUUACUGUAGCCUAUAAAGGAUGUAAUGUCAAUAGAAACACUAGUUACUGUAUUACAGUAUCCCCAAAUAUACGGUAAACAUAAGUGAAAGUCUGAAACACUGAAUUGCAGUCUCUUGGUGGAGAAACAACGGAAUCCUCGUAGUACUGAAGUUGUGAUAGCACGACACCUGCUUGGUACGCCUCAGGUCAUGUAUCUUCAUCUCCAUAGCUCCUCCAUUCAGAAGGAGGGUUCAGAUGUCUGUGUACAUCUUGAUGGCCUCAACCCCAAUGUCAGAUAUGCUGUUAUGGUACAAACGAAUACCAAAACUGGGGUUUCUGAACCAAGUGCACCACUCUUCUUGUCGUAG